AUGGAGACGAUAUCUAGGAUAUCCUCCCUGUUAGAGGCUGCUCGUGACCUUACCCUCGAAGCAGCACAAUCUGCUGGUAGUAGCAGGAGUCUUCGAUCGCAUGAAACCUCGCGGACUCCUUCUUCUGCGCAGAUUAAGAAACUACUAGACAGUCGCAAUGACCGAGAGAUUUUGGAUGGAUUGCGUAAAGUGAUUUCUUUGAUGUACCAGUCCGAUACUUGCUUACAAUAUUUCUCCGCCGUCGUCAAAAACGCAGCCAGUUCCAAUAUCGAAGUCAAAAAGCUUGUCUACAUCUAUCUCCUCCACCAUGCCGAAGCCGAGCCAGACCUCGCCCUGCUCUCGAUCAAUGCGAUCCAAAAGUCUCUCACAGAUACAAACCCGCAGGUCCGGGUUAUGGCGUUGCGGACAAUGUCCGGAAUCAGAGUCCCCGUUAUAAGCCAGAUUGUCUCCCUUGCGAUCAAACGCGGAGUAGGAGACAUGAGCCCUCACGUCCGGAGAGCAGCCGCCCUUGCCAUCCCGAAGUGCUAUAGACUGGACCCGAAUACCAUACCGCAGCUUAGCGAAUAUCUCUUCACCUUGCUUGGGGAUAAUCAAUACUUUGUGGUUGGACCUGCUGUCUCGGCAUUUUUGGAUGUGUGUCCUGAUCGACUGGAUUUGAUACACAAACAUUACAAGAGUCUUGUGAAGAAACUAGUUGACAUGGAUGAAUGGAGUCAAUUGGCCACCUUGCGUCUUUUGACAGUAUACGCUAGAAAAUGCUUCCCCCGCAAGAUGCAAAUGGUGAAGAAGAACGAAGCGAAGGGUUUUUACGACGAUGAGAGCAGUGAUGAAACUCAUGAAGCGACCAAUGGUGAUGCCCCAGAGGAAGAGGUUCCGGUGCUUGAUCCCGACUUGGAACUCUUCUUGCGUGCCUGCAAACUCUUGCUGCAAAGCCGCACGUCCGCCAUCAUAGUGAGCAUUGUUCGCUGUUACCUCUAUGUCGGCACGCAGGAAUACCUUGAAAGUGCUAUUGGGCCCCUUGUCGCACUUGUCCGCUGCCCGCAGGAUAUCCAAUACGUUGCUCUAUAUAAUAUUGUCGCUGUGGCUUUUCAGGCACCGAAGCUAUUUGUCAAAUAUACGUCUCACUUUCUAGUUCGCGCCGUUGAUCCACCGCAUAUUUGGCGACUCAAACUUGAGGUGCUCACAAUACUAUUCCCUCACCUGGGAAUGCAUUAUAGAGGUAUAAUACUAAGCGAACUUGAGCAUUUCUCUCAGGGAACAGAUCCUGAUCUCGUUCGGGAAAGUGUGCGUGCCAUCGGUCGUUGUGCACAAACUGAUUCAAAGACUUCGAGCUACUGCUUACGCCUACUUUUAUCCCGAAUCUCCAGCAUUGAUGAUAAUGUUGUCUCGGAGUCCCUGACAAUUAUUCGACAUCUCAUUCAGCAAAACCCAAAUGCACACAAACAAACAAUAGUUCGGCUGGCAAGUUACCUUGAAACGACGGCAAAUUCGGGUGCAAGAGCUUCCAUCAUCUGGCUCGUGGGCGAGUACGCUGCGGCAGAUCUGGAAAACAGCAUUGCUCCGGAUGUGCUGCGUAUCCUUGCCAAAGGGUUCGCUGAUGAGACCGAAGAAGUCAAGCAGCAGAUUGUUUUAUUGGCUGCAAAAGUUUAUCUUCAUCAUCUACUCCAGAACCCUCCUCCUGAAAAAUCGCCUCAGCUUGAAGAAAAUAAUCAAAACCAGAGCCAAGACAAUGAUGAUAAUGCAUGGGCCGCCGACCAGACUCAGAACGGUUAUGAAAACCCCACAAGUGGAUGUGAUUCGCAAAUGCACAACGGCGAACCAUCAGCAGAGGACCGCAUAACCCUACUAUGGAGAUAUAUUCUCCUUCUCACGAGAUACGACACAUCAUAUGACCUACGAGACCGAGCACGCAUGUACAGAGGACUCUUAUCCGAUCCCAAAAACACGCAAAUGGCCAGUUUGUUGCUCUUGGCCCCGAAACCUGCCCCGCACGCCCCAAGUCCAUCAGAGACACGACGAGAUAUUCUUAUUGGAACCUCCACGCUUGUCGUCGGACCUGAUGCGGGACCCUUAGGUCUGACUGGCUACGAGCCUCUACCUGAUUGGGUAACGGCGGGACAGGAGCCCGACAGAUCCCUACGCGAGGAUGGAUCUGCUGUCGAAUCUUCGACAAGUCGAGAUUUGUCGGCGUUGACGGCUGGACAACGUCUCGAUAAAGCGCUGCAAGAACAUGAGACGAGCGCAGCGAGUGGAGCGGCAAGAAAGGCACGGAUCGGUGCUGUUGGUAGUAGUAGCAUGGGAACCAAGAGUUUGAACGACUGGUUAGAUGAAGAAGAGGAAGAAGGGGAAGAAGAGACAUCGGAAGAUGAAUCGGGUUCUACAGAAUACGAGACCGAUUCAGAGGAAGAGACGGAAUCUGAAGAAGACGACGAUGAAGAGGAAGAUGAAUCCGACUCGGAAGCCGCUCAAAAGCGAGGAUUGCUAAAUAGAUAA